AUGGUAAAAGAAGCAGGAACACAAACCCAAUGUGAUUUCGAAGAUCCAUACAUUUGUUACUUUGUACAAGAUCAAACGGAUGAUUUUGAUUGGAUAAGAACAUCUGGAUCAACACCCACUUUUGGUACUGGCCCUGAGAAUGACCACACUUACGGAACAUUACAAGGUUUCUACGUGUACAUCGAAACUUCAUAUCCACGAUACAACAACGAAACCGCUCGUCUUUGGACAUCGCCAUAUCCUGCAACCAACGGUACAUGCGUCAAGUGGUUCUACCACAUGUACGGGGCCACAGUGAACACACUGAAUGUAUACAUAGUCAAUACAACAGGUACUGUUGGUGCACCUGCGUGGACAAAUAGAAACAACCAAGAAAACCUUUGGCGACUUGGAAAAAUAUCAGUUGAAACAUUGAGUACCUUCCAGAUAGUGUUUGAAGGAAUUGUAGGAAGGAGUGAUACAGGUGAUAUUGCUUUAGAUGACUUUAGGAUCAUUGAUGGAGCAUGUUUGAGAAAUGAAACUUGCGAUAUUAACUGCAUGAACGGUGGAGUUUGUGUCACUUUGGAUUAUGGUAUCGAGAACUGUCAGUGUAUGACUGGUUUUGUUGGACCAACAUGCAAUAUAGAUCAAGCCCAAUGUGAUUUCGAAGAUCGAAACCUUUGUUACUUUGUACAAGAUGAAUUGGAUGACUUUGAUUGGAUAAGAACAUCUGGAUCAACACCCUCAUUUCGUACUGGCCCUGAUUUUGACCACACAUAUGGAACAUUACAAGGUUUCUACAUAUACAUUGAAACUUCAAGUCCGAGAAACCUCAACGACAUUGCUCGCCUUUGGACAAUGUCAUAUCCUCCAACAAACGGCACAUGUGUCCAGUGGUUCUACCACAUGUACGGGACCACUGUGAACACAAUGAGUGUGUACAUAGUCAAUACAGCAGAUACUCUUGGUACACCUGUGUGGUCAAUAAAAAACGAGCAAGGAAAUGUUUGGCGACGUGGACAAAUUUUUGUGGAAACAAGUAGUGCCUACCAGAUAGUGUUUGAAGGAAUUGCAGGAAAAACGUGUGAUAUUAGCUGCUUGAACGGCGGAGUCUGUUUCAUCUCAGAUUAUGGAUUCGAAAACUGUCAAUGUACGCUUGGUUUUGUUGGACCAACAUGCAAUAUAAAUCAAGCCCAAUGUGAUUUCGAAGAUCAAUACCUUUGUUACUUUGUACAAGAUGAAUCGGAUGACUUUGAUUGGAUAAGAACAUCUGGAUCAACACCCUCAUCUCGUACUGGCCCUGAGUAUGACCACACAUAUGGAACAUUACAAGGUUUCUACAUAUACAUUGAAACAAGUCCGAGAAACCUCAACGACAUCGCUCGCCUUUGGACAGUGACAUAUCCUGCAACAAACGGCAGAUGCGUCCAGUGGUUCUACCACAUGUACGGGGCCACUGUGAACACAUUGAGUGUGUACAUAGUCAAUACAGCAGAUACUCUUGGUACACCUGUGUGGUCAAUAAGAAACGAGCAAGGAAAUGUUUGGCGACGUGGACAAAUUUUUGUGGAAACAAGUAGUGCCUACCAGAUAGUGUUUGAAGGAAUUGCAGGAAGUAGUUAUACAGGAGAUAUUGCUUUAGAUGACGUCAAGAUCACCGAUGGAGCAUGUGUGCGAAAUGAAACGUGUGAUAUUAGCUGCUUGAACGGCGGAGUCUGUUUCAUCUCAGAUUAUGGAUUCGAAAACUGUCAAUGUACGCUUGGUUUUGUUGGACCAACAUGCAAUAUAACAACGCAAACCCAAUGUGAUUUCGAAGAUCCAUACAUAUGUUACUUUGUACAAGAUAAAACAGGUGAUUUUGAUUGGAUAAGAACGUCUGGAUCAACACCAACAUCAGGUACUGGUCCUAGGUAUGACCACACUUACGGAACAUUACAAGGUUCCUACAUGUACAUCGAAACUUCAUAUCCGCGAUACAACAACGAAACCGCUCGUCUUUGGACAUCGCCAUAUCCUGCAACCAACGGUACAUGCGUCAAGUGGUUCUACCACAUGUACGGGGUCACAGUGAACACACUGAAUGUAUACAUAGUCAAUACAACAGGUACUGUUGGUGCACCUGCGUGGACAAAUAGAAACAACCAAGAAAACCUUUGGCGACUUGGAAAAAUAUCAGUUGAAACAAUGAGUGCCUUCCAGAUAGUAGGUGAUAUUGCUUUAGAUGACUUUAGGAUCAUUGAUGGAGCAUGUUUGAGAAACGAAACUUGCGAUAUUGACUGCUUGAACGGCGGAGUCUGUGCCUCGGAUCACGGAAUUGAGGACUGUCAGUGUAUGUCUGGUUUUGUUGGACCAACAUGCAAUACGUCGCAAACCCAAUGUGAUUUCGAAGAUCCAUACAUUUGUUACUUUGUACAAGAUGAAACGGAUGAUUUUGAUUGGAUAAGAACGUCUGGAUCAACACCCACAUCUGGUACUGGUCCUGAGUAUGACCACACUUACGGAACAUUACAAGGUUCCUACAUGUACAUCGAAACUUCAUAUCCGCGAUACAACAAUGAAACCGCUCGUCUUUGGACAUUGCCAUAUCCUGCAACAAACGGCACAUGCGUUAAGUGGUUCUACCACAUGUACGGGGCCACAGUGAACAAAUUGAAUGUAUACAUAGUCGAUACAACAGGUACUGUUGGUGUACCUGCGUGGACAAAUAGAAACAACCAAGAAAACCUUUGGCGACUUGGAAAAAUCCCAGUUGAAACAAUGAGUGCCUUCCAGAUAGUGUUUGAAGGAAUUGUAGGAAGGAGUGAUACAGGUGAUAUUGCUUUAGAUGACGUCACGAUCAUUGAUGGAGCAUGUUUGAAAAACGGUAAAAUACACCUUUUACCACCUAUGACAUAUUAGAAAGCCCUCCUAGAAAAAUAUAUUAUCAAGGUUCGAUCCUGGCCUGGCAAAGAUGAUUAACAUCUGUUCAGCGUAUUGUUCACAUUCUUUGAUAGCUUCCAAGUUAAAUGGUGAGUGAAUUUGGUCGCAC